AUGAGUGCUCCACUGACGAAUUCCGAAGAGAAAAAGUUCGCAGGUAUCAUCGAUGCGAUCCUUGAGACCGCAGACCUCGAGACCAUCUCCCAAAGGAAGGUUCGGCAGGCUCUCGAGGGUCGACUUGGGGGUAGGGACCUCAGCGAUCAAAAGGAUGCCAUCAAGGACCUAAUCCAGAAACGUUUCGAGGCGCGGUUGUCCGAAGACGCGCAGGAGGACGAGGACAGCGAGACGAAGAAGCGAUCCUCGACCAAUGGCACCUCCCACUACGACGACGCGAAUUCCGACGCAUCUGCUUCCCCCGAGCCGGCGAGGAAGAAGGUCAAGCGAUCUUCCUCUGCUGAAGACGCCGACGCCCGCCUGGCGGCCCAGCUCCAAGCUCAAGAGAACAGCCUAGCUCGGAGCAGGUCUACCCGCGGCGGUGGCACAGACAAGAAGGCGGUCAAGAAGAAGAAGGCACCGCGAAAGAAGAGUGCCAAGAAGGUCAAAUCGGAAGACGACAGCGACGUCGAGGGUGCCGAGCCCAAAAAGAAGAGGGCUGGAGGUGGCUUCCAGAAACCAUUCAACCUCAGCCCGGCGCUCUCUGAGCUCACCGGCGAGACCCAGCUGUCACGACCUGGAGUCGUCAAGAGUCUCUGGGCACACAUCAAGGCCAACGAUCUCCAGGAUCCAAACGACAGGCGACAAAUUCUUUGCGAUGAGAAGAUGCAAGCCAUCUUCAAGCAGACCAAGGUUGACAUGUUCCGCAUGAACAAGGAGAUCAGCAACCAUCUUUACCCCGUCGAGGAGGCAUAA